AAUCAUUCCUGCACAAGAAGCGACAGCGGCAAGACGUGUUUUGAGUCCUUCGUUCUUUCUGUUAUUUUGGUUAGCAAUUUUGAGUUGACUUAUGUUUAUGUUCCGCCAAUGAAUCUUAUGACAUAUAGCUCCAUGCCACAGCCGAUGAAACCUAGCAUCAUUUCAUUGGAGUUCCAGGAGUAAAAUGGCGACAUCUUCAGAGGAGGUGCUGCUCAUCAUCAACCAGGUCCGUCUCCACAAGAGUGAUGGGUCGUUGUAUCUCAUGGCGGAGCGCCUUGCCUGGCAGGAUGACAACAAGGACUACUUUGCUGUGAGUCACCACUACAGAGACGUCAAACAACAAAAAAUCAGCCAAGAAACCAGCAUUAAAGUCCAGCUCCAGAUCGUCCUACACGACGGCAAGAGCAGCAAGUUCCACUUUGCAAACCGAGAAGGCCCUCCCGCUCAGACGCGGGACAGAGCCGUCGUCAAGGAGCUUCUCCAGCAGCUCCUGCCAAAGUUCAGGCACAUGGUCAACAAGGAGCUGGAGGAGAAGAAUCGGAUCUUGCAGGACGACCCCGAGUUGUUCCAGCUGUACAAGGAUCUCGUCAUCAGCAAGGUGAUGACGGCAGAUGAGUUUUGGGCCAACCGCAAGUCCAUGGUCAAACCAAAAGAGCCGAGUGGUAGUAGCAAUUCUUCAACAGUCCCGCAGGGCGUUGGGGUAUCGGCGGCAUUCUUAUCCGAUAUUAAACCACAGACCGAUGGCUGCAAUGGGGUCAAGUAUAACCUAACAGCAGAUAUUAUUGAAGCAAUCUUCAGAAUAUAUCCAACAGUGCGCAAGAAGCACGCUGAGAAUGUCCCACAGAACAUGGCCGAGAAGGAAUUCUGGACGCGCUUUUUCCAGUCACAGUAUUUCCAUCGAGACAGAAUCCACGGGAGUCAGAAGGACAUCUUCACCGAGUGUGCCAACGACGAUGAAAAAGAGAUGAAGGAAGAAGCCAACUUGACAAGAAGCGACCCACUGCUAAAUAUCGAGGGUUUGUCCGACAAUACCUUAAUAGAUGACGGAUACGGGUCUAAGAAAGAGGGGCCGAGGUCUCAGGCCACCAACCAUCUCAUCAACGCAUCGAUAAUCAAGAGGUUCAAUCACCAUAACGCAAGAGUCUUAAGCAUGUCACAACAAAAAGGCGCCCCGACAACGAGUAACGGUCUCCCACCAAGCAUUGCAGCUGCCGCAAACGCACAAAACCAUCAAGACACCAGCGGUCAAACAGCGCCCCCUACAAAGAGGAAGCGUCUAAAAGAGGCCAUUGAGAUUGACGACUUGACCCCAAAGACGAGUACCACGCCCGUCGUACUGAAGCUGGAGAGAACAGAUAGAUAUUACCAUGGGCCAACUCCAGUCAACCAAUCACAAUACAGCUCCUCCAGUGAGGUUCGGCAAGCAGUGCAACACGUUAAACAACAAUUAUCGGGGCCACAGACGAACCUAACGAAGGUGUUGGCCAGUACGACAGCGGGUGUAGUUACGAAUGAGCUGACACCAGGGGGCGCUCUAAUGGGAAGGAACACCGCACAACCUCUACACACUCUGUACACCAAAGACAUCCACGAGGAGUUGAAACACCUGUAUGCCGCCCUCUCUGAGGUCCUACGCCAUUACUGGUCUUGUUUCCCAGUGGCAAAUAAAUCAAUUGAGGAGAAGUUGGUUCGUAUGAAGGGAACGUUGGAGCAGUUUCAGGCGAGGAAGCUCCAGCCAUUCAAGGACUCCCUGGCCAAGCAGCAUAUCGGUGCAAAUGUCACAAUCCACAUGGAAGAGUUGCUCAGCACAGCUUACUCCAAGUUCACCGCCUGGCAGGCCAAGAGGGCAGGUCAAAGGUCAUGACACGUUAAAAGGCAGUCUUGGGAGAGCUUUGUGUUCUUGAAGAGCAUUCUGAAAACUUUGACAAGAAAAUGUUGCGCAGGGAACAAUAUUGAGUUUCAUUUGGGAAUGAGUUGUCCCUUUGGCAACGGUGUAGGCACGCACGAUUCUCAUUCACUGUCUAGUCUAACCGUCUCCAACCAAGGUCCAGUUUCAUUAAACAUGCGAGUACAAAAGCUUACUAAGCACAGGCAAAUCUUGCUUAGCGAAAAAGGUCACCAGCCAAAACACUGUACAUUUACCAUUACUCUGGCUGUUAAAAAUCCAUUUAUAACAUUUCUACCUUUUCAAACCGAGUGCUUUAACAAAAGAGAUCAAGGAAAAUUUCUUAACGGGAGCAGUGCUCAGUUUACUUUCAUAAUACAAAUCCAUAGGGAUAUUUCUAAGAAAAAAAGAGUCAAAACAAUGGGAGAUCAGAGAGGUGUCCCCUGUUUACACAUGUUUGUUCUUGGAUGUGUACAGAAGCUCAGUUUUAUUUAAACUAUAGACAGGUCUGGGUAUCUUCUGCCACCUAGCGUUCCCAACUCGCCAAUUAAAGGCAGUGGACACUAUUGGUAAUUGUCAAAGACUAGCCUUAA